AUGGAGGAGAGUCGGGAACAAAUGCAUGCAGAAAACAACAGUGAUGAUCCAAUGCAGGCAGAAAGGGAUGAAGAGGGGCACCAACAUAUUCCACAGACACCUCCUCAGGGAACAGUGUUUCAGUAUCAUCCUAACUCUGGUUAUAAAUACGGAAGAGGUCCUAACCUGUUUCAACAAAUGGAUUCUGAUGACAAUUGUUUUGCAAGAUAUCAAAGAAAACAGCAUUUCUGGCCUUUUGCUACAAGGGAGGAAUGGGAGCUUGCCAUGUUUCUGAUUGAAAAUCUCAAUCAGAUGCAGUUGGAUGCCUUCCUAAAACUGACAUAG